AAUACGACUUCCUGCCUCUCCAAACUCUCUUUCCGCCGUACCCGCCAUCUUGAAAGCAAACGGGGUAUUAAGGCAUCAUGACGAACACCAGAGGCAAGAGGAGGGGGACGAGGUACAUGUUCAGCAGGCAAUUCCGCAAACAUGGCCCAAUUCCGCUGUCCACGUACAUGCGCAUUUACAGGAAGGGUGAUAUUGUCGAUAUCAAGGGCACAGGAACGAUCCAGAAAGGAAUGCCUCAUAAGUGUUACCACGGCAAGACAGGCAGGGUCUACAAUGUAACCCAACAUGCUGUGGGUAUCAUUGUAAACAAGCAGGUUAAGGGCAAAAUCCUGGCCAAGAGGAUCAAUGUGCGCAUUGAGCACGUGAAGCACUCUAAGAGCAGGGACAGCUUCCUGCAGCGCGUCAAGGAGAAUGAGAAGAGGAAGAUGGAGGCCAAGCAGGCGGGAACAUGGGUUGAGCUGAAACGCCAGCCCGAGGCUCCCCGUGACGCCCACUUCGUCAGCACCAAGAACAACGAGCCCCAGCUCCUGGAGCCCAUCCCCUACGAGUUCAUGGCCUAGAUACGCUGACCAAAUAAAAUUGUUUAUACACACA